AUGAAGCUGUCGAACCCUUUUGCGUUUCGGCCAGGCCAGGUGACGUUUUGGACCACAGUCGUCUACCUAGCCAUCGCCAUUUCGCUCAUCUGGGUCCAUGAGUCAGUCCCUCCAGCGCCACACGACCGCUCGCUGCGUCAGGGCCUGAACUUGACCGAAGCCUGGCUUGAUUUGCAGACCAUUACUACGAACUACCAUCCGUACAACAGCCGCGAUAACGACCGCGUGCGCAAGUACAUCAUCGACCGGUCAAAGGCGAUUCUGAAGCGGAACGAUGUUCACUACAGGAGGGAGUCGCUUCCGAGCUCGGGAACUGCAGCCAAUGGCACUGCGGUGAUCCUCUUCGACGAUCGUAUAUCCAAUUUCACCCGCGUCGACGGGGAAUGGCGCUACUCAGCCCAGCAUGGGACCUACUUUGAGGGCAGCAACUUUUACAUUUACAUUCGCGGCACUGAAGAUGCCGAAGGUGACUGGUGGACAACGGACUCGAGUUUCAGAGACACUCAAAACCCGGGUGGCGUGCUCGUCAACUGCCACUUCGAUUCGGUGUCCACCGGUUUCGGUGCUACGGAUGACGGGAUCGGCUGUGUGACAAUGCUGCAGCUUCUGUCCUACUUCACAUCAAGCGGACGGCAGCCCAAGAAUGGUAUCGUGCUUCUGUUCAACGACGCUGAAGAGGAUGGACUGCUGGGCGCUACGGCGUUCGGACAGAGCCCUCUCCGUGGCUUCGUGCACACCUUUGUCAACCUAGAGGGUGCGGGUGCAGGCGGUCGCGCGAUUCUUUUCCGCGCGACGGAUCUCCAGGUCGCCCAGGCAUACUCUGGCAGCCCCCACCCGUUUGGAUCGGUUGUGGCUGCCGAUGCGUUCAGACGCGGCCUCAUCAAGAGUGGAACUGACUAUGAGGUCUUUUAUGAUUCGUUUGGUCAACGUGGCAUGGACAUUGCUUUCUACGGACCCCGAGCGCGCUAUCAUACAGAUCAAGACGACGCGCGGCAUGCUUCUGUCGACAGCGUUUGGCACAUGCUGUCGGCGGCCUUGGCCUCGACGGAGAAACUUGCCCACCAGUCCAACACGGUCUUCAGCGGUGAACGCUCCGAUAGGGACAGCCAGAAGGUCCAAAACGGCAAGCCAACCCAAGGCGUGUGGUUUGACAUGUUCGGCGAUGCUUGGGUCACCAUGGCACUUCGAGGACUCUUUGCGUGGUCCAUCACGUUACUAGUCGCGACUCCUUUGGUAUUGCUGAUCGUCACCUACCUGCUGAAGCGCAAGGACAAGUACUACUUCUUCUCCCGUGAUGUGAAAAUUGACUCGGAACUGCACGACGAUCCGGUGCGCCUUGGUGGGUGGAAGGGGUUCUCCCGGUUUCCUUUGGCGCUGAUAUUCGCUGGAGCCCUGACGAUUGCUUCGGUGUUGCUGGUCGCCAAGAUCAACCCCUUGAUCGUGUACAGUAGCGCGUAUGUGGUGUGGGCCAUGACCGUGUCCAUCUUCUACUUCAGCAUGUGGAUGGUCAUGCGCGGAUCCAGCUUCGUGCGCCCCAGUGCCCUGCACCGCGGCUUCGUUCUGAUCUGGCUGUUCAUCAUCGGCUGGGCCAUACAGGUUCUUGCGACGGUGGCGGAGGAUCGGUGGAAGGUUGGCUCACUUUACUCUACAGCUUUUCAGCAAUCAGCUAUCUUUGCGGCGUUGUUGAUUGCACUGCUGGAGAUGUUUGCUCUCCCGGCAAAGCGCGACUUUGCAGAAUUGCUGCACAAUGCGAAUCAAGCGGGGGAGGCCGCCACGACCGAAGAACACGAAGAGGUCCGCCCGGGCACCCAGGCUGGACCCCAAAACGACCGGCAUGAACCUGAAGAAGGGGAUGCAGAGCCCAGUGAGACGACGCCUCUCGUUGGUGGCGGCAAUGGUAGAGGUCAGCAGACAACCUUUGCGAGCACGUACAGACAAUCUCAGUCCCAGCCAGCGUCUGGCUCAGCCAUUCCGUACAAAGCGCCUUACGAACGCGAGCAGUCCUGGUCGGGGCAUUUACCGCAGUGGACGUGGAUCAUCCAGCUGUUUCUGCUGGCACCCGUGCCUGUUAGUCUUCUCGGGAACCUAGCACUGCUCUCGACAUCAUCACUGCGUAUGACUGGCGCCGACGGUAGCAGCUUGAUGCUGCCCCUCUUGACGAUCGCGGUGUUUACCAUCUUCCUGCUGCUUCCUCUUUCGCCUUUCAUCCACCGAGUCACCCACCAUGUGCCCAUGUUCUUGCUACUGGUGUUCAUUGGCUCUCUCAUCUACAACCUGACGGCUUUUCCGUUCUCUAUCGAGAGCCGCUUCAAGUUCGGCUGGGAGCAGGUCAUCGACCUUGACAAGGGUACCAAUGUGGCUCACAUUUCCGGCCUAGAGAAGUUCGUGAAGCCCAUCAUUGACUCUCUUCCCUCAGCAGCCCACCAGAACGUCGGGUGCAGCACAGCCGGUGCGAGAGCCGGCUUGGUCAAAUGCGAGUAUGAUGCCUCCGCCCUGCCACCCAGGCUGGUGGAGGGUAAGGAUGUGGAUGAGCUCAUUUCCGUCCACAUUCCCAAGUCGAAGGACAAUUCAUCUAUCAUUGUCAGCAUCGAUGCGCUGGAAUCGAGGAUGUGCGUGAUCGACGUCUCGCGGCCCAUCUUCGGUUUCUCCGUGACCGGUGGCUCUUCGGAUGACAAUCGACUCGGUCAUGUCCCUGAAGAGGGUUUCAUGGGUGUUGAUCUCUGGCGGAGAACAUGGGAUGGCGCGUGGAACGUGACGUUACAGCUUGAGAAGCAGACAAAGUCACAAGAAGCCGCAUCCGUGGAAGAGAUGCAGAGCUUUGCGAGCCUUGGUGAUCUUGAUGAGCUACGCAAGCGAUCUGACAGACUUGAGCUCACGGUAACCUGCAAGUGGAGCGAUGGCAACCAGCCGUCGACUAUUCCAGCGUUGCACGAACUGCGACAGUUCAUGCCCACCUGGGCGGCCGUGACCAAGGUCCAGGUGGGGCUUGUGGAAGUGAAGAAAAGAUAUACGAUUGAGUGA